GCACCCCAACGUGCUGCGGCUCUACAACUACUUCCACGACCGCAAGCGGGUCUACCUGAUCCUGGAGUACGCGCCGCGCGGCGAGCUCUACAAGGAGCUCCAGAAGUGCCACCACUUCGACGAGCAGCGCAGCGCCACGGUGAUGGAGGAGCUGGCGGACGCGCUGAUCUACUGCCACCGCAAGAAGGUCAUCCACCGGGACAUCAAGCCCGAGAACCUGCUCAUGGGCCUCAAGGGCGAGCUGAAGAUCGCCGACUUCGGCUGGUCGGUGCACGCGCCCUCGCUCAGGCGCCGGACCAUGUGCGGCACCCUGGACUACCUGCCCCCCGAGAUGGUGGAGGGGCGGCCGCACGACGAGAAGGUCGACCUGUGGUGCCUGGGGGUGCUGGCCUACGAGCUGCUGGUGGGGCGGCCGCCCUUCGAGAGCGCCUCGCACGGGGACACGUACCGCCGCAUCACCACGGUGGACCUGCACUUCCCGGCCUCCAUGUCGGAGGGCGCCCGCGACCUCAUCGGGCGCCUCCUGCGGCACCGGCCGGCCGAGCGGCUCCCGCUGCGCGGCGUGCUGGAGCACCCCUGGGUGCAGGCCAACUCGCGCCGGGUGCUGCCGCCCGCCUACGCGCCCCCCUAG